GUGAAAUGCAAAGCCUUCACACCACAGCGGUGCAACUGCGACGCUGUGCUUCCGAUCUGCUUGACGUCAUCAGGCAGAUCUUCACUCGCUUCCGCCAUACGAAAUGAGAUGUAUACGUGCUGCGCGAGACCGGGCCAUGCUUUAGACUUUGGCAUGAACGAGUCGGUGACGCUCACGACGACUGCUCCUCCCAGCAACCGCUAUCUUUGGCAGGCCAACCCGAACAGCAAAUGCUUCGGCAAGGGCAAAUCCACAAUCGGUGACUUCACUUUGCAAGAGUGCAAGAGCAGGUGUGAGGACGACGUCCUUCGACCCGAGGACCCGCGGACGACGAACGGAACGAGCCUGAAAGCCGCUGGCAAAGAGUUCGAGGUUUGCGACUCCAUUCGCUUCCAGCCACACACCUUCAACGCCAGCGCCUUCGAACACACGGGAACCUGCAGUUUCAUCUACGAGACCGAUGUCGAGUCCUGUGAGCCUGCAUCGGGCACAUUGACUUUUUUCCGCGUCAAUGAGACUGGGAUCGAGUUGCCGAGCACGACGACUGUGUCGCCUUCAACAACCUUGAAUAGCUCCGAGGUAGAGAAGAUCUUAAACCAUAGCGCAGAAACCUCUGAGUGA